AUGACUAUGAUGAGCACCUGCUGCUUGCUGCUGCUGCUGCUGAGCAUGCAGGACCCUCAGGGAGCCAGCACAUUGGCAGGUGGUUUCACCAUGUACGGCAUGCAAAGGAGUGAGGCGGACAUCGGCGGCGCAGACGAGAAUGAUGCUAUGAGAACUCUGCAGGCAGCCAGUGGUGGCAACACGCGGCUUCUUUCUGCAGACGCCAUGCUGUCCUCACAGGAGCGUUGGCUUCGACCAUACUUCGACAGGAAAGCCAUGGGGUAUUCGGGCAAGUCGCAGUCAAGGGUCGAGAUGCUACACCAGAGCGAGGAGCAUGACGCCUUCUCGCCGCAAGAGCCAUGGGAUCAUUUGAGCGACUUCAAGAACCAGUUCUACGUGAACUACGAGGGGACUGCUGAGGAUACUCCUGAUCAGUUCGCUCCUGAGGAACCCUGGUCGAACCUCCCCGAGCAUGCUCAGCUUGAGUUCCAGUACGCUGACAUGAAGCAGUCCUGUCUGUCAGGAGGAGACAAGUUCUCGUGGGAUGCUGAUAGCCACAGCUGCAUGAAGGAGGGCAAACCCAUCCCCUCCUUGACCUGGGGCAGCAGGGACGGGGACUCCGAGAGUCAGGCGACGGAAGGACCGUUCAACUACAAGAUGGUGAUCCCUGCAGGUGAGGUUGACCAGUACGGGUGGAGGACGCCGACACCUCACAUGCGGGAUAACACGCUAGACUAUCAGACGAAAGAUCUCGAGCGAGAGUGCUAUGACAAGAUGAAGGAUGUGAAGCAUGGAGGAAAGUUUUACCAGUGGGACGCGGUCAAGCAUGCGUGCGUGAACGUGCUGGGGGAGGAGGGAGAGGUGGAUCAGUAUGGGUGGAGGGCCAAGGCAAACCCUCCAGCCUCGAAGUCCAACAGCCUCGACCAGCUGAGCUUCGUGAGGAGCGACGUGGAGCACCUUUGCCACCUGCGAAUCCAGCAGGACGCCAGGAAAGGAAUCUCCGAGUUCAAGUGGGACGGGGAGAAACGUCGGUGCGUCUCUCUCCUCCACAGCUCAGGCCGAGCAGACCAGAGAGGCUGGAGGGCGAGGAGGAAGAGGAGCAAGAAACUCCCCGCGUACCCGCUGGAGUGGAACUAUGUGGACCUAAAGGCCGAUUGCUUGUCGAGGGGGCCGGAGUAUCAGUGGAAGGCGCAUAUGUCCCGUCACGGAGAGUGUGUGAGGUGGGGCAACAAGAUCAGGACGCACCUGAAAGCUCUUGCGCACGGGCCCUUCGACUUCGUUAAGUCCGACCUGCGGGUCGAGUGCGAGCGUCGGGGGAGAGUCUGGAACGAGGAGGAGAAGGCGUGCUAUAGGAAGCUGUCUGCUGCGAGCUCAGGGAUCGUCGAUCAGUAUGGAUGGAGGAAGAGGAAGGUUGAGAAGCCAAGACAGCCCCAGGAGCCAACCGGCUUCCCGCUCCACCAGACCCUCCAGCAGUUCCAGCUGGCGGAUUACGUGGCGGAAUGCAAGAGGCUCAACGGUUUUAUCAAGCAGCUGCAGGACCCGGACCGGCUGGAGUGCGUCUCCGAGGAGGACUGCAUGGUGACCGACGACAAGGGGACGCGGUUUGACUGCAAGGCCGCAAACAUCGAGACGUUCGGUGACCUUCUCAUCGCCCGCGGCUCCUCCCUCCCCAUCGAUCAGUUCAAUCCGGGGGGAUCCGAAGCUCCGCACGCCUACACGCCUCCGCUCAAAGUUGACGCGAGCGUGCAACGGCAGCAAGGGGAAGGCGUGACCCCUCUGCCCAACGCCAACGCAGAUCUGCACGGGAAGGACGUGGGCACCUUCGUCGACAGAGCCCCUCGCGGCAGCUUCUGGACCUCCGGAUCGAACACGGCUAACGGCAGCCCCGCGACCUUCUUUUUCAACCACGAGACCAACGAGAUCAGGUGGCUCAAACCCCAGCUGCCUCCCAGGUGCACGCGGGAGACCAACGGCCUCGGAAAGGUUCCCGGGUGCGACUGGAAGAAGGAGAUCGAUCUUUCCUCGGGCGAGCAGUUCUGGAAGAAUCGCGAGACGGGCCAGAAGACCUGGCAGGAUCCUUUCAAGAAGGAUAAGGAGGAGGGCGAGCAGCGGAUACCUGAGCCCAGCAAGCUGGGAACCUGGAGCGGGCAGCGGGGAGGAAAUCCCUUCUGGUCGCCAGAGUUCACCAAGGCGAAGCUCGGAGCUCACACCUCCGUGCUGAACCUCAAGGCGAAGAAGCAGAGCUCGUGCGGAGGAGCCUCAGGCGACUGCAUGGACGAGACAGAUCUGGUGAAAGAGCGAGAUGCGUUCAAUCCGGAUACUGCUCCAGUCAUCGUGCGAGGAAACAAGGGCUCGUUCUGGGACAGCGGGGAGGAGAAGAGUCAGGAGAAGAAGGAGAUGAAGGGCAGGCAGCAAGAGCUGGCGAUGAUCUACGGAGUCACCAUCCCUGACUCGGACGCGAGGAGGUUCUUCGGUCAAGAUUUCUCUUCCUCCUACAAGCAGCCCAGCAAGCAGGAAGUGGACGAGCUCGUCAAGAAAUACGCGCGGGAAUGGGAAAGCUCGCAUCCACCGAUGAACGCCACACAGGAGGCGCAGGAGGAGGAGAAGGAGAAAGAGGAGAAGAAAGAGGAGAAGAAGGACAGCUCGUCCGAGGAGGAGGUCAAGUGGCCGACAAUGCCCGUGUACGGCAGGAAAUAUCGCAAGCGGGGGAGGACGCAGUGGUGCGAGUGGGAGGGGAGCGGCGGGCAGAUGGUCCCCUGCCAGCUGGGUGCGGACGGUGCCUGGUACUCGGACCCGGUCUCAACGGGGAUAUGGCGACAACUGCGGCCUAACCACGAGACUCUUGUCGGAAAUGGCGUAUGGAGGUUCCCCGACUCGAGGCCUCCUGAGGCGCGACAACCGUCUUGAGCAACUUUAAUGUUGAGAGAAUGAAUAGAAAGACAACAGCA